AUGGACGGCCUUGCUUCUGAGGAUUACCACAACUUCUCUCAACCAUCGCCAUCCACACAUCGAUUACCAACGUUGAGUGGCGCACAGGAUCUGCUUGACACUAUCGAAAAGCACAAGCCGAUAUCAACACAUCUUCGAGCCCUGGACAACACCCUCGGCGCUUUUGGUCAUGGAUUUGCUGAAUAUGGAGGGAUACCAAAGGGCACAUUGACCGAAGUCUACGGACCACCCGGCAGUGGUAAAACACAAUUUGCACUUCAACUCGUCGCAAACGUCUUAGUAAAGGACGGAGGCGUGACAUGGAUCGACACUGCUGCGAAAGUGCCUCUGUCUCGUCUCAAUCAUCUACUGUCGUGCUCCGAUGCAGGUGAAGAUCGAGCUGUCCUAUUGAACCAAGUGACUGCAGGCGAAGCUGCAUCUCUUCAACCCAAGUUCGAAUACGCCUGUAUUUCCAGCCUCUCACAUCUGCUUGGCAGGGUGCUUCAUCCAUCACAGGAUUUCCCGUCCGUAACUACCAGUCUACUGGUCGUUGAUGACUUCUCCAGCAUUGUAUUGACUGGUCUCCCACAAAACGACAAGCUUGCCUCAUCGUCUGCGGCAAACGGUAGCACUCUAUCUCGAGAUGAGAUCAUCGCCAAGUCAAUUGCCGGACGUCGCGCAGCCAUGCUGAACUCCAUCUCCGCAGGCCUAGCACGUCUAGCAGCUUCUCGAAAUAUAGCUGUCGUUGUCCUCAACAAAGCCAGUGCCAGUCGACAAAACGGAACUAAGGACGCCAUUUUGAGGUCGGCUCUUAGUACACAGCAUUGGAGUGAAAAUGUUAGCACAAGAAUUGCGAUAUACCGGGACUUCUGGCCGACCAUCGAUUGGUCGAAUUUGAGCCACGAAGAAGCGAAGAAACAGAGAAAGCGUCGACAAUGGCCACUUCGAGUCGCCGAGGUGGAGAGAAUAGCAGGUAAGGAGGUAGUCACUACAGGUGUCCGAUUCGUCAUAUCAAAGAGUCGCCUACAAGCAGUAGAUGAGCCUCCAACCACCAUACAAGUCAAGGAUGUUGCGCCCAGGUCUUCAUCCACCUCUCAGCAAGACCAAGAGGAAGCUGUUGGCAAUCUCGAGUUACAGGAUGCUGGAGAGCCAGUGGAUCAGGGCCUACGGAUGCCCGAGGACACGGCAGACGUGUCCUCCUCUAGGGAGAAUUUAGCACUAACAAACCGCCCCUUAAAACGGACAAUUGACGAGGUUGCUGAUAGUGAAGAUGAAGAUGAGGUAUCGAUGGAAGAUAGAUCAAAGAGCGACCGGGCUCAAACUUCAGCCCCACCAGCCAAUCUUGGUGGGUUCCUACCAUCAUCUCAACUGACCCAAGGUGAGCCAGUUUCGAGUUCACCGCCAGUGACAAGGAAGUUGUCGGGGGAUCUGAAUUCAACAGUGUUGGACGACAACGACGAGGAGGAAGAAAUGUUGCUCAAGGACUGA